CCUUACCCUUACCCGACCGCCACCGGAUACAGUCCCUGCCUUCAAAAUGGCCAGACUCCUCUCAGCCGUUCUCGCGCUCAUCUCGGCCGUCGCCGUGUCGGCCGCGGCGAUCCCGGUAGACGGGACCGGCCACGCAGCAGCCGGCCUCGAGACGCGCGCCACAUGCGUUUACACGUGCGGAACAAUUUGCUAUUGGCAGAGCGACAUCACGGCGGCCAAGAACAAGGGCUACUCGCUGCACAAUUCGGGCUCGACGCUGGGAGGCUAUCCCCACGUGUACAACAACUACGAGGGUUUCAGCUUCCCGACGGCCUCGCCAUGGUACGAGUUUCCCAUCCUCAGCUCGUUCAACGUCUACACGGGCGGCUCGCCCGGGCCGGACCGCGUCAUCUUCGACAACAACGGCGCCGUCGACUCGCUCAUCACGCACACGGGCGCCAGCGGGAACAACUUUGUGGGCUGCAAGAAGAACUGAGGCGGAGUGUGCUAGGCACAGGCCAAGCCUAGCCUAGCCGGGACCACCUGCACCACUAGCCUAUCCCCCUAAGCCUAUCCCCCCACCAAGAUUUCUCGCCUGCGGGCAGAUGGCUUAGAUUCCUUGGGCGAACCACCACGUUUUUCCUGCAUGUGAGCUCCUCAUAAGUGCACGGGGGGUCGCUCAGUGGCGAGGUUUUUGUUCUUUAUUACUGCAGCAUCUAUCAUACACUCCACGCGUUAUGACUGAGACGCACUGGGAUGUCGUUUACAUUGAGACCAAUCGCAAAACGUGAUUACUGUACCAUGCC